GCGGCUGCUUCAUCCGGCGGUUCCUCGGGUGGAGGUACCUCUCCCAGUCCCUCUAAUGUGGGGGUGAAGGAGGUCGCCAGGGUGGCGCCAGAGCUGCUGAACGAUCCUCUGCUUGAUGACGCGGAGGUGAAGAAAAUGAAGGAGUACUUCAGCCAUCUGUUCAAGUACUCGAACCAACUCGUGGCUCGCUCCAAAGAAAAAUCUGAGCGCCUCAAAUUGUCGUCAUCCAUUUCUUCCGAAGAGCAUGCCCGAGUUGUCGAGGGAUGAACCAAAACCAUUCUGCUGAGAUCAAAAGGCUCCAAGAGGCCAAGAACAAGGCUAUGAAAGAACUAAGAGAUGCCAAUGAGAAAUUGGAGAAGAAGCUGAAGGAUGCUGAUUCUCAAAUGGUUGAUUCCAUGAAGAGGAUCAAGGAUCUGUCAGCCGAACUCCAAGAUUUCAAGGAGGCAUCCAAGUUGCUGAUAGAUCUGGUGGACCCUGUUGUUGUCGAAGCUACUGAAGAGAGGUCCUUGCUGUCCCGACUUCAAGAGGCUACUCAAAAGUUGUCUACAUACGUCCUGAGCACUGUCAAGUCGUACGUGUCGACUGCUCUUGGCCUUGUAAAGGCCUGGCAUGUUGACACAGACUUGGCACCCCUUAGUAGCGAGCUGCCCCUGGACUGCUCGGAUGAGCAAUUUGGUCAACUUAUGAAAGAUGUGCAGCCUGUGGCCAAGAAGAUUGUGGACACUGUUGAGCAGCAGGGGUGAGCCCCCAAAUUUGUAUAAUGAUGCUGUACAAUUCGACUGUAAUCUCUGAUACAAUCAUUGCAUGUUUUAGUUGUCUUUCAGCUUGUCUUGUUUA